GAUUUCGUCACAUGACAUAGAUAGCUCUCUAGCUUGGUCACUGUGCGCCUGGCAUAACAAUUCGGAAGAGGGAAGAAAUAACAGUGAAAAAUAGUCUAAAAAGGAAUUACAUUCACAUCGCUAAAAAGUAAGUCAAUCUCCUGGUUAUUACUCCUCCACUGCCAUGUCGUGAAAGACGGGGGUGAACCUUUUUAAACCCUGAGGUGAACCAGACUGUGAUUAAACCAGAGGAGGAGGAGGAGGAGAAGACAGACAUGCACCCGUACGGCUGCGAGGCAGAGACAUCCCUUCAGGAGCUGUUUGAUUUCUUCACUCGGUGUCUGCAGAAUGGGGAGUGGGAGCUGGCUGAAGCUUGCGUGCCACAGCUGUGUGACGCUGGAGGAGAGGUGUCACAACGGCUACGGGACAUCAUCAAGGCCGUCAUCACCUACCCUUACCUGCUAGAAUGGGAGAGUGUGGGCAGCCCUCACAAACUGGCCUGGCUUUGGCUUCAAGUCCUGGAGAAAUGGACCAAGGAACGGGUUUCUGUCUCAGUCAGGAGAGAACUAGAGUUCCUACUGCUUCUAGAGGAGCUGGGAGACGAGGUGCCAGAGACAACGCUCAAGGAGCUCCACCAGGCCUUCCUAACCACCCAGUCGGAGGAGAGAAAGGGUUCAGGGGUUCCAGGGGUAUCACCGGGGAUGGGCGACGCUCAGAGUCCAGGGAUAGAGACCUGUCUCGAGGCCUUGUUGGACCAGAAGAGACCCAGAGUGGCUCAGGCUCUGGUUAGCUUCCUGGAGGACCACCCCAGGAGUGUUAAUACAGGGAGCCACAUCCUUCAGGACACAUUCAUCAGAUACCUGAUGGAGAGAGUGGAGAAUCUUGGUCCAGGCCCAGAGAAGAUGGAGGGCUGGGCGGAGGAGAUGUGUGUGGUCCUAGCCCUGAUGCCCCUGAGGUCGGAGCGAGGAGGAGGAGGAGGCGGCGGCCAGCUGGAGGCCCUGUGUGAGGCCCUGUGGAGGGCCAGAGACGGGCCCCUGAGAGAGGAGAGGAUCCUAAGCUCCUUGUUACGGCCCCACUGCCACACCUUGCUCUCGCACUACUGCUCCACAGCCCUCAGGCUGCACAGAGACCGACUACUGAGAGAGACUCCCAGCACCCAGGUGGAUCUUCCUGAAGCGGAGAAGUUACUGCUGGGCUUGUGUUGUCAUGGGGACCGGCCUUCCGUCUGGAAAACCAUUUACUUUGAGUGCCUUAGCAGUGGAAAGCACUUCCUUGAACGGGUCCUGGUGACUGCUCUGGACCUGGUGAAGAGGGAGGAGUUCUCUAGGCUAGAGGACCUGCUGAAGGGGGAGUUCCAGCCUCUGUCUCGCCUCCUGCUCCUCCUGGGGUGGACCCAGUGCCAAAGCCUGCUCUCAGCUCAGACCCUGCUACGCCUCUUACACCACGACCAGGCGCUGGCCAACGACUCUGUUCUGAGAGAGUUUGCCAAUGGUCUGUCUUCUCAGUUGGGAGUGUUGGAGUGGUGUGUUGAGAACAACCCAGGGAUCCCCAAGGAGGCGUUGCUUGGCCAGCUGCACACACUGGACAGUCACUCAGCCCUGUACGUCCUUCACUCUCUCACCCCUCUGGCCCAGAAUGAGGAACACAUGGUACUGGACCUGCUGAGAACUCAGCCCAAACCCACCGGAGCAGAUGAGUUCAGUGUGGUGGUAGAGAGCCCCAGUCCUAUGGUCCAGAGGAACCUGGUUCUGUACAGGGGGUUCUGCGCUAUGAAGUACGCCCUGUACGCCUUGUGUAUCAACGCUCACAAGUACAGUGGCUGCGCCGACUGUGGCACCACGCAGUCCACACACCAGCACCAGGCCACACCUGAGGCUGAGAAGGACCAGAGCCAGGCCUCAACCCCCCUCCAAGACUGUCCUCCCCUAUUCCAGCUCUACCUGUCUGAGUGUCAGAUCUACCUGGAGGCAGUACCUGCUAUGUUCCGCCUGGAACUACUGGAGAACAUCUUCUCCCUGCUCUUCCUGUCCAACGCUGAUUUUACACUCCACAACCAUCAGGGGGAGACGACGAGCACAGGCCAGACAGAACACUCCGAGGGGAAAGAAGGGAAGAGAAGAAAAGGACAACAGGAAGGGAAGAAGAGAGGAGACGGACGGGAGGAGAACGAAAGCUCAAGCAAAGCCGAAGUAGGUGGAAGAGGAGAAGAGGAUCAAAGCAAAAUGACAAAAGAGAACCACCACCAAACCCCAAACUUCCCCUUCUCAGCGUCCCAACGGAGUCACCUUGAUCUGGGCCACUUGACGGCAGGCUGCAGGGGCUUCCUAGUGGACCUCGUGGCCAUGGAGGGGUUCCUACGGCUGCUGAGAGAGAGUCUAGAGGGGGUGGUGGUAGUGGGUCAGCGGGCAGGACAGGAGGAAGGCAGGGCUCUGGCGGGGGAAGCUGAGGUGGCAGAGAGUCUGGGCUGCUCUGUGAUGGCAGAGACUUUCGGGGCUCGGCUGCAGAGACUGUCCAAGAGGACAGCAGAAGCCCAGUGGAGACUACAGAUUAUCUCUACCAACCAGGACAGCGGCAACGUCUCAGACCCCCCCACCCAGCUCCAGGCAUCUCCAGCAGCCAGUCCUGCUCUCUGUCUAAAAGGAAGAAGCAGCAGUACUGGGGUCAGGAGGAGGAAACGGCCUAGACGACAACACUCUGACAGACAUCCCUCCACAGAGAUACACAACGGAGAGGUCAGCGCCAGCCCCUCAGAUGGAAGUGGAGGAGCCGUGCGGUCGGAGUGGGAUGUGUGCCCCUGUGGAAGUGUGGGGAGCUGGGUAGUUCCGGCCAUGUUGUCUCCACCUGAGUCCCUGCUCAUGGCCUGCAUCCGCCGGGGAAACUACAUGGAAGCACACCAGGUGUCUCUGAUGUUCGGCCUGGAGGGUUCAUGGUGCUUUGGGGAGCUGGUCUUCAUGGAGAGUUACCGGGAAGUCGUGGAGGAGUUGGGUCGCGUGGAACAGAAAAUGGAGACCCACUCUUUAUCUUCAUCCUCCUCUUCCUCAGAGGGCCUGGGAGCGGCGUCCGUGGCGCCCACCCCGGGGCGUAGUCGGCUGGGAAGUAGUGGGCGCUCCACCCUGCAGGCCAUUGGGAGUGCUGCUGCUGCCGGCAUGGCAUUCUAUUCCGUCUCUGACGUGGCAGACCGUCUCCUUUCCACCCCUGGUCGCCCCGUUCCGUCUCUGGAGGAGGGCUACUGGCUGGGCCGCUGUGUCCUGGACCCCCCAGGGACAGGCCUCCUGCACACCCUCCUGGAGGAGCUCAGCCCCCCUGCCAUGGCUGCCUUCGACCUGGCCUGCUGUCACUGCCAGCUGUGGAAGACCUCCAGACAACUACUGGACACGGCAGAGAGACGGCUACACAGCAGCCUGGAGGGAAGAGGACUGAGGGUGGAACCCAAGGUGAAACACUCUGAGGGGAUCCGAGGGUUUCCUGCAGUGCUCCAACAGAUGGGCAAGAUCCUCAGUCACACAGCCAGUCACAGUGGCACCAAGGGCCCCGCCAAGACAGAAUCCAUUGUAGAGGACCACGUUGUGUCCAGUCCUUUAGGCUGCUGCAUACAGGAAGUGUUGCUGUGCUGCCACCCUGUGCUGAGUGAGGAGGGCAUCGCUACCCGACUGAGCCUGGCACAGCACCUAGAGAUCACCCUGCAGACCCUGUCCACCGCUACAGAAACCACAGUGGAGAGUCCUGCUGCUGGUGCCCUCCUAACAGCCCUGGUAGAGCAGGCCAGUCUGAAACAGUCGGAGUUGGAAUCCCACCCGGUCCGUUCCUCCAUGAAGCAGUUACUGCGUUCCAUGGACCAGCUGUGUCCCUUCGAGCCCCAGGGCUCCCCCUGCAGGCCAGACUACAUGAGGAGCUUCGUGGACUACGUCAAUACACUAGCUUCGGUGUUAAUACGCAGCCUGGGAUGCGAAGACCAAAGCAGUGAGGUGAAGUUGGGGAACCCACUCCUGGUACUCCUCCAAGCCCCAUCUCAGCUGCUCUCUCACCUGCUGUUUGAUAGACAGGUGGCUCCUGACAGAGUUUUGUCUCUGUUGCAGCAGGAGGGUCUGCGUCUGAGUGUCCAGCAGGUGAUUGUGCAGCACUGCUGUGAGGCUCUGCCUUUGUGGGACAGGUGCCCCGAACCAGAGUGGGAAGCUAGCCCCAGGGGAGAGGCUGGUUCUAGGGGAGAGGCUGGUUCUAGGGGAGAGGCUGGUUCUGGGGGAGAGGCUGGUUCUAGGGGAGAGGCUGGUUCUGGGGGAGAGGCUGGCCAGGGGCAAGGACAGACCGGACCAGGGGAAGGGGUGUUUAGGACUGCCAGUCUGGCAGCCCUGCUACAACUACAGACCCAGGAACACAUGUCAAUGCUGGGCAUCACUGAGCCUCAGUCCCAUUCCCCCAGCUCUGAAUCUGAAACUUCGCCCUCGUUGGAGGACCUCCGAGCAGCUACACCUCCCAUCCUCAUCUUGUCCUCCUCUUCUCUUUCACCUUCACGACCAACUUCCUCUUCCUCUUCUUUUCUCCUCACACCAUCAGCUCUGUCCUUCCUCAAAUCCCGCUCCCCUCUCCUGGCCACCGUUGCCUGUCUAAGUGCCAGUCCGAGAGGUGCUGCCCGGGUACAACCGUCCGGUUGGCUGGUGUUCCGGGGCGGCGGGCGUAAAGAGUGUGUACUGGACGGGGAGCAGAUCUCCAGGGAGGGGGAAAACCUGCUUAGAGACUUCCCCAUCCUGAGGGCCUACCUGGGGGCCAUGGUUCAGCCCGUCCUCGGUGCUUCGCUGGGGCCUGGGGAGGAUGGAGCCAGUGGUGGAGAUACUGGAGGUCUUGGGGCAGCCCUCUGUGGUAAACCACUGGUGGCUCUGCUCCUGGCUGGCCCUCAGGGGACACCUGCCCACGCUGUGGCUAUGGAAGCCUUCCAGCAGGCCCUGGCCUCUCGGGACCUGGGCAGGGCUCUGAGCCUGCUGGAGCUGUAUGGACAGGGCUGUGGCCAGGAGAAGGUGCUCCGAGACAGGCUACUAGCCUGGGCUGCUCUGGAGGAUGGUGAAGACAGCAUAGGCCAGUUGUUCAGAGUACAGGACCCAUGUCUGAGGGCCCGUGUGGCUAUACAGGCCCUGGAGCGCUGGCCCCUCGGGCCCUCUCUGGAGCUGCUGGAGUUCUGCCUCAACAACCCCCACGUGGAGGUCUCUCUCAAGGGGGAGCUGGAGCUCAGGAAGACGGAGUUGAACAUCUAUCAACGGAUGUUGAACCUGCAGCCUUCGUUGCCGUGGGCCACCUGGCAGGAGCUGAGGACAGAGUCCAGGAGAGACCCUGAGUCUAUGUUUUCUAGGAUGUUGGAAGCUAGGGAGUUUUCCCUGUGUGCCCAGUGGAUGGCGCUGUACUCUGUCUCAGACCACCUCAGAUUACAGCUGCAGACUGAACACCUGCUACACCUGCUGGAGAAAGGACAGACUGACAACGCUUUCCAGCUGCUGGAGGGCCUAUCAGACUUAACCUUGGGUCUGGAGGUGUGUGAGCGUGCUCUGGACUGCCGGCCCGGAUUGGCUGCCUGCCACUUCCUGGCUAACUACCUCACUCUGCACUUCCAGAGCCAAGUGUCCCCCGCCCGCCGACGCCACAUCCACGACCUUCACCUGGGGUCCAAGGUCCUCCUCACCCUCCCCCCCAACGCCAGACAGGACUACUUUCCCCUCCUCUCUGAGCCACUAUUAAUGCUGGAACAGCUCCUGAUGAACCUGAAGGUGGACUGGGCUGAAGUGGCGGUGAGGACGUUACAGAACCUACUAUUAGGCCGUGAGGAUGGCUUCACCACCCAUGACAUAGACAAACUUCUCUCCAACUACGCCUGCAAGGCCCUGGACUUCCCCUACGCACCCAGGGAGAGGUCUCGUUCUGAUUCUGUGAUCAGUCUCCAGGAUGACCAGUGUCCAGCCCAGGAUAGCUGUCCCUCUACCCCGACACCUCCACCUACUGCAGGUAGUACCCCAAUGCACACCUCGUCUUCCAGCAGUUCCCUGGACAGAGGGUCGACCGGCAGGAGAAUCCAGCACUCCCCGGAUCAGUUCCAGCCCCCAGACAGAGCCCCGGUUCGCAAGGACUGGGUCCCAGACAACCAGCAGCAUGUUUGCAUGGUCUGCCAGCGAGAACGCUUCACCAUGUUCAACAGGCGUCACCACUGCAGGAGAUGUGGCCGUCUGGUGUGCCAUGCCUGCUCCGACCACAAGAUGGCGGUAGAGGGCUGCGCUGUGGAGGAGAAGGAAGUGCGUGUGUGUGACCAAUGCUAUGGCUACUUCAAUCCAGGUUCUGAUGACACGCUGGAACAAGCUGAAGUUGCAGGUAGUCCUAUGUCUACAGAGGGAGUGUUAGAUUCAAUUCUUCACCUGCCAGAGGUCACUCACCGACAGUUUCACCUCAGCACCAACCCUACAGACAACCUGCAUCUACAGACAGAGUUCUACUAUGAACAGGCUCCCAGUGCGUCUCUGUGUGUGGCCAUCCUGUCCCUCCAUAGCGACCAGACAGCCUGUGGACACCAGCUAAUUGGACACUGCCGCUCACUGUCCCGUAAACUAACCAAUCCCGAGGUGGACGCCCGCCUCCUCACCGACGUCAUGCGCCAGCUUCUGUUCAGCGCCAAACUGAUGUUCGUCAAGGUGGGCCGCAGCCAGGACCUAGCCCUGUGUGACAGCUACAUCAGUAAAGUAGACGUCCUGAAGAUCCUGGUAACGGCCAACUACAAGUACAUCCCUUCUCUGGAUGACAUCCUGGAGACGGCUGCUGUCACCAGGCUACGCAACCAGCUACUGGAGGCAGAAUACUACCAGCUCGCUGUGGAGGUGUCCACUAAGAGUGGUCUGGACCCAGGUGGUGUGUGGCAGGCGUGGGGAAUGGCCUCCCUGAAGGCAGGGAACUUGACUGUUGCUAGGGAGAAGUUAUGUCGCUGUCUAAAAGCUCCGGUGGACAGAAACCAGCUCAACCUGGGUCCUCGGCUGCUGCAGGAGAUCGUCUCUCAUCUGGAAAGCACCGUCAGACCCACUCUGGCCAUGUCUUUCAGUGAGGACAUCCUAUGGUCUCUGAGAGAGCUUGAGGAAGCUCUUUGUGAGCCUGGAGGAUCAGUGGACUGGCCAGAGGGGGGUCAGGGUCAGGGCAGCAGCCUGUAUCAAGAGAGCUUGUACUACCUGUCAAGCUACGGGACUCACCUGGCCCUGGUCUCCUUCCUGAUGAGACACGACAACAUGAAGGACGCCCUGCAGCACCUGCUCAGCAAGGAAUGUCCAGAGGAGGUGUUCCUGGAGGGCGUAUUGCAGCCUAGUCUGGAAAGGGGUCGUCUGGGGAUGAUGCAGGGGUUACUAGAGACCCUAGACCCAGGCCUGGAGGUCUGUAGCCGAUACCUCCUCUCCUCCUGUCAACUGCUGCAGCGGCGGGGACACUUCCACACACUAUACCAGCUACAACAGUUCAUGAUGGACCACGUGCGAGCGGCCAUGACGUGUAUCCGGUUCUUCACCCACGGUGUCGUGUCUUACGUACAGCUGGGAGACCAGCGGAGAUGGCUGGUUCGGGCCAAGGAGCACCUCCGAACCUACCUUCAGGAGCAACAGGGAACACGUACCAACAGCACUAACAGGAAGAGGAGCACCUCUAACUCCUUCAGAAAGAAGAUGUCUUCUAGCGAUGUCUCCAGACAUAUGAACACUAUAGAGCUCCAGCUGGAGGUGACUCGGUUCCUGCAUCACUGUGAAACAUCCAGCUCCACGCUCACCCCCUCGGUCUCCUCCAGCACUCCUCCCACUCUGUUCGGCCCCAGCGCUAUGAAGAUCGAUGUAGCCUGCAAGGUGAUGUUGGGAGGAAAGAACAUUGAAGAGGGGUUUGGUAUCGCAUACCGAGUCAUACAGGACUUCCAGCUGGAAGCCUUGACGGUAUACGUGCGCGCGGGCCAGAGGCUUGUGCGUCAGCGUCAGUACCGGGCCGUGCGCCAGCUGCUGAAGUGCGUGGGGGAGUCGGGCACCGCCACCAAGAACGACUGUGAUGUCAUCAUACUCAGCUGUGUCUCCAUCGCAGAUAAGGGCCCCACAGACGCCAAGGAGUUGGAGUGUCUCAUUCUGGAGACAAAGAGCACAGAGAACAAGAUUAAGGCCUACCUGCAGGUGAGUAAACUGCGAGCUGCCUAUCUCCUAGCUGUAAAGCUGGAUACAGCCAGGGCCGGGCCGCUGGUUCAGGAAGUCCUCCAGGCAGCAGAAGGCGUCGGAGACUCUGUCAUGCAGGACAUCUGUUGCCAGUGGUUGUCUGAGCACAAGGACAGGGAAAAAACGGCGGCGCCGCCGGGGGCUACAAAACAAGGCCGACCCAAUGCCAAGUAACCCCAUGAAACAGAAGGAAACGGACUCAACCAGGACUGGACUAAUAACAAAUGCUAGUUUUAGUUCUCUGUUGCAAAAAAAAAAUGAUUAGAAUGUUGUCUAUUUGUUGUGUGUCCCUAAUGAACACGACCCGGGUAUCGCUGUUCUGGAGAAACCUAGUUCUGGCUACGAGAUGGGGAACCAGACAUCAUCAGGGAAUAACAGAUUGCACUUAAACUAGAAAUGCCACGAGUGGAACACCAAGACACCUUGCCUGGACUCUGUGACUGUGUGGGGUUGUGAGGGACUUCCUCCUCCUCCUCCUCACUGAAAGUAGCGAAACACCGCUGUGCCGACUCUCUCAUCUGGAGAGGUGACCGACUACAGCCAGAUAAGACUGUCUCUCUCUCUCUCUCAUCUGGAGAGGUGACCGACUACAGCCAGAUAAGACUGUCUCUCUCUCUCUCAUCUGGAGAGGUGACCGACUACAGCCUAAUAAGACUGUCUCUCUCUAUCUCUCAUCUGGAGAGGUGACCGACUACAGCCUAAUAAGACUGUCUCUCUCUCUCUCUCAUCUGGAGAGGUGACCGACUACAGCCUAAUAAGACUGUCUCUCUCUAUCUCUCAUCUGGAGAGGUGACCGACUACAGCCAGAUAAGACUGUCUCUCUCUCUCUCAUCUGGAGAGGUGACCGACUACAGCCUAAUAAGACUGUCUCUCUCUAUCUCUCAUCUGGAGAGGUGACCGACUACAGCCAGAUAAGACUGUCUCUCUCUCUCUCAUCUGGAGAGGUGACCGACUACAGCCUAAUAAGACUGUCUCUCUCUCUCUCUCAUCUGGAGAGGUGACCGACUACAGCCAGAGAAGACUGGGAUGAAUCUAACCACACUGAAUUGUGAGUUGUUGACCACUUUAUCUAGUAAAACUGAAGUCUGGGAUAAGCACAGAAGAUACAUUUAUCAGAGUAAUAACACAGGCAGUAGUGUACAAUAGUCUCCUACCUCAGUUAAAAAGGGAUUGAUCUUUUGUUUUCACUAACCUUCAAGGCUAGUAAUAUAUUUCUUUGUGACAAAAUAAACAACUUGAUUUAAUGUAAAUAAUUCCUAACUUUUCCCCCUUUUAUUUUUAGAUUAUCUUCUUCUUUUUGUUGUUAGUUAGAAAGAAUGACCAUGUAAACCUGUCAAGCAGGUGAAAGUAAAGAAGAAAACAAGUGUUGAUAUUACAAGCCUGUCAAGAGCUUUAAAGAAGAUAUAUAUAUAUAUAUAUAUAUAUAUAUAUAUAUAUAUGAUGAUUUAAGAGUUUCUGAACUUUUUGAAAGUCAAAGGAGUGGGUUUCAUUAGAAGGGAUGUCUGUUACUGUCUAUCAGCUCGACCUGCCACUAGUUAACUCCCUUAAAAUAUCUUCCCAAGGAGCUAUUUCCUAGCCUGAAAUCCAGACCUGUUUUUUUGUUGUUGUUGCUAACAUUCCACUUCUAGUACUCAGAGUCAUAUGUUUGGCACGACAAGGAGUGGCAAGAAGUGGAAUGUUUACACAAACAGACUGGUACCCAGGCUAGCAAUAUCCUGAAUCUCUCUUGCUUUCGUCCUCAGAGGACAUUUUGGGGUCCUGAAAGGGCUUUUAAGAUGAGCUUUAUAUAGAAAUACAACGAAAACUUGGAACGAGUUGGAUUUAGUAAGGGACUCUCUGGAUAUGUUUUAGGACUUUAAACACUGUUUCAAUUCUAGAUCAUGAUAAAGAGAUGGUACCUUUUUUUAAUGUUACAGGUCAAUAUUAUUGUCUCCAUAAAGCCUAUCAUAUCUGUCUGUAUCAUAUGUGUUUUCAUGGUAUCUGUCUUUGACCAGGAACCACGUUGCUGUUACUAUGUUUUGUAUAUUUGUACUUCUUCCCGCUGUUCUGGUGUGUGACUUUAUGUGUCCCAAAUGGCACCAUGAGGCCCUAGUUUAACAGUAGUGCACUAAAUAGGGAAUAGGGUGCCGUUUGGGGGACACACUCUGACCUCUGUGUGUCCUAUGCGAGGGUCAGAUGUGUUAUAGGCCGUCUGUCAGUGUGACGUUUGUAAGUGUAUAAAAAUACGAACUUUAAUCAAUCAAGAGAUGUCGCAUUAGAAAAGGGAUUUUUGUUGCCGUAUUUGUUAUAAUCAUGAUCAAUUUAACAACCUAUUGUCUAAUUGUAACUCUUUUGUUUACAUAAUUGCCCGUUUUUUUUAUUUCUCACUUUAAUAGCGAUCCCAGAGUUUACACCAUAAUGUUUAUAUUUCUCACUUUAAUCCCUCAGAUUACAACGUAAUAAACAUUUUUAUUUCUCACUUUAAUCCCUCAGAUUACACCGGUAAUAAACACUUUUAUUUCUCACUUUAAUCCCUCAGAUUACACCGUAAUAAAAAAUGUAUUUCUCACUUUAA